ACACUUCACAGUUGAUCACAUCGACAAUCAUCAUGCCUGCUAAAGCACAAACCGCUGGAAAGAAGGGAUCCAAGAAGGCUAAGGCCCCCAGGCCUAGCGGAGACAAGAAGAGGAGAAGGCGCCGAAAGGAAAGCUACGGAAUCUACAUCUACAAGGUUCUGAAGCAGGUCCAUCCCGACACUGGUAUCUCAAGCCGUGCUAUGUCCAUCAUGAACAGCUUCGUCAACGAUGUCUUCGAACGUAUUGCCGGUGAGGCUUCCCGUCUUGCCCAGUACAACAAGAAGUCUACCAUCAGCAGCCGUGAGGUCCAGACCGCUGUCCGUCUCCUCCUCCCCGGUGAAUUGGCCAAGCACGCCGUCUCUGAGGGCACCAAGGCCGUCACCAAAUACACCACCUCCAAGUAAAUUGGUCUUUACCAUUUUACGAUAAACGGCUCUUUUCAGAGCCACCAAAUAUCCAAGAAAGAUACAAUGGUUCCUUAUCUCGUAGCUAUAUAUGCAUUUCUUUAGAAUUAGAAAAAAUGGACUUGCUCAUUGCUCAGUAUUUUUACACAUUUUCUUAUUCUCAUUCUUAAAUCUUUCAACUCGCCUCGGCCCUCUUUUUUUUUUUUGGGGGGGGGGGGCAGUCGAAUUCCGCAAUCCCAUUAUUUGGCAUGCUGGCUGCAACGAAGGGGUUGAUCUGGCCCGAAGAGUCAUUUU